CCUCUGCAGCUUUCUGCACAGCUGAUCCUAAAGUUCAGCUGAGAUAAACACCGAGCAGAGGAGCUGAUCCUCCCCGGAUUCAGACUUCGGUUUGUGGGGUUAAACACCGAGCAGAGGAGCUGAUCCUCCCCGGAUUCAGACUUCGGUUUGUGGGGUUAAACACCGAGCAGAGGAGCUGAUCCUCCCCGGAUUCAGUCCGCGGUUUGUGGGGUUAAACACCGAGCAGAGGAGCUGAUCCUCCCCGGAUUCAGACUUCGGUUUGUGGGCGUUUCCUGGUCAGAAUGUUGACUUUCUGCAGCAGAUCUGUGGUGGGAAUGGCCAAAAAAUGCGCCUUCGGAAGGCCCCGCCACCUGGUGAAGCCCGUCUCAGCGACCCGGGUGGCAGGCAGGUACCUGACCCAUCAGAAGGGGCUGCCCAGUCUGCCUGUGCCCCCCCUGCAGCAGACCUGUGAGCGUUACAUCACGGCCCUGGAGCCCAUCGUGGAGGCCGAGGAGCUGAGCCUCACCAGGCGGCUAGUCCAGGACUUCCAGGAGGCCGGAGGAGUCGGAGAGCGUCUGCAGAGAGGCCUGGAGAAGCGGGCGAGCCGGACGGAGAACUGGCUCUCCCAGUGGUGGGUUCAGGUGGCCUACCUGGAGUACCGGCUGCCUGUGGUGGUCCAUUCCAGUCCGGGUCUGGUUCUGCCCAGGAUGGACUUCAGGGAUAAAGACGGACAGAUCAGGUUCGCUUCCAAACUGAUCGCAGGAGUUUUAGACUUUAAGACGAUGAUCGACAAUGAAACACUUCCAGUGGAGUACCUGGGAGGGAAGCCUCUGUGUAUGAACCAGUACUACGAGGUGCUGUCGUCCUGCAGAAUCCCCGGGUUGAAGAGAGACUCUGUGGUGAACCACGCCAAGAGCCCCCAGCCCCCCAGACACAUCACUGUGGUCCACAACUUCCAGUUCUUCCAGUUGGACGUGUACCAGAGGGACGGGACUCCACUGACUGUAGAUCAGCUCUGUGUUCAGCUGGAGAAGAUCUGCAGAGCCUCACAGCAGACCGACAGCGAACCUGUGGGCAUCCUCACCACCCAGCAUCGAGACGUCUGGGGAAAAGCUUACGUCAACCUCAUCAAAGAUAAGACCAACAAAGAUUCGGUCUCGGCGAUCCAGAGGAGCAUCUUCACGCUGUGUCUGGAUGGAGUUACGUCCGAGGCGGCCGGUGAGCUUUACCGCAGCUCUGCCGCCGUCCAGAUGCUGCAUGGAGGAGGCAGCCGGGGCUACAGUGGAAACCGCUGGUUCGACAAGACGCUGCAGUUCAUUGUUGGAGAAGAUGGAACCUGUGGAGUGAACUAUGAGCACGCUCCUGCUGAGGGCCCCCCCAUCGUGGCGCUGAUCGACCAUGUGGUGGAGUUCACGAGGAAGCCUGAGGCACCCGGAGCUCCUGCUGGGUCUCUUCCCGUCCCGCAAAGACUUCCCUUCAACGUCACGGCUGAGAUCAAGCAGGACAUCGAGGAGGCAAAGCUCAGCAUGAACAGGCUGGCCCAGGACCUGGACAUGAGGGUGACGGUGUUCGGACACUUUGGGAAGAACGUCCCUAAAGCUCACAAGAUGAGUCCAGAUGCUUUUAUACAGAUCGCCCUGCAGCUGGCCUACUACAGGAAAUACCGGCGCUGCUGCGCUACGUAUGAAAGCGCCUCUCUGAGAAUGUUCCGACUGGGUCGCACCGAUACGAUCCGAUCCGCCUCAAACGCCUCGGCCGCCUUCGUUAAGGCCUUCGAUGAUCCCAGCAAACAGAACCAGGAGAAACUGGACCUAAUGGAGAAAGCUGUGAAGGCGCACCGAUCCUACACCAGCAUGGCAGUCGGUGGGCAGGCCAUCGACAGACACCUGCUGGGUCUGAAGCUUCAGGCUGCUGAGGAGAAACUUCCUGUUCCUGCCAUCUUCAAGGAUCCUUCCUACUCUAAAGCUCUUCACUACCACCUGUCCACCAGCCAGGUCCCGUCAAAGACCGACUGCGUCAUGUGUUUCGGUCCGGUGGUACCAGACGGUUACGGCGUCUGCUACAACCCCAUGGAGGACCACAUCAACUUCGCCGUGUCGUCGUUCAACAGCUGCAGGGAAACGGAUGCGGGAAGUCUGGCGGCGGCGGUGGAGGACGCUCUGCUGGACAUGAGGAGGCUGCUGGAGCAAACCCCCCGAUCCAAACUGUGAAAACCACCACAGACGUGUCCAGGUCCUGAAGGAGGAUACAGAUUCUCUACCUCUAAUCACCUUAUUGAUCAACACUGAGCACUUUAAGGUCCUGUGAUCCUGCUGGGAGGUUCUGCUCCAGAUUCAUCCCAUGAUUUUAGCUCAACAGAAACAUCAGCUGGAGAAAAACAGUUAUUGAUUCAUUUUCUGAUUGUUUGAAUAAAAGUUUGAAUGAAACAUUGAAAAUUAGCAAAAACAAUCAGAUCAUGUGGAUAAAAUGUUCGGGACUGUUGGUCCAUAAACAUUUCUACACCUUUUUUCUUCUAUAUUUUCUGUUUUUAAGUCAUGAUUUUACUUUUAAAGAAGUUUAGAUGUUUCUAAACUUUAAUCUGUUUACCUGAAGCCUCAGUUUGGUCCCAGAUGGACAUAAAACCAUCAGUUCUCUGAUGGAAGGUUUGAUGUUUUAAUGGAAGUUUCUCCACAUUAUGACCUGGAGGGUUUGAAUUAAACAUCUCCAACCUGUUCUUCAGAGAGUUAAACCUGCUGGAGGAGGAAGCAGACAUCAGGGAACAGCACCUCUAUAAGAGGAUGGACCUGGUUUAAUCUGCUGGGAGGCUUUCAGAAUAAAAGCAAUGAUGAUUCAUGAUCUGAUCUUUUAAUCCAGAGUUUUCUUCUAUUUCCACUUCCCUUCAAACUCAGACUGAACUCUUCCUGCUGCAGUUUAGUUUAUCGCUCCUGGUGCCUUCAGAUGAUCGGUUUAGAUCAGUUUCCUUGUUUUUAAUGUUUCAUGUUUUCUUCUGUCUUACACAGAUCUUUAAAUGAAGAAGUAACUCUAAAGGUUUAACUGAUGAUUUGUUAGUCAGACUUUUUUCAUGCAUGAAUUUUGCUAUAAUUAUUUUAAUUGUAGAUUAACAUGAGAAAUGUCUGAUCUGAAAGUCUUUGCACAGAUUGGCCUUUUAUUUCUUAAAAAUAAAUGCAUAAUUUUUUAUCGA